AUGAUAACUGGAACAACCUGGGCUGUUGCUUUCCUCUGCUGGCUCUAUGCGAACUCAGUUCUUGGCGAAGCUUUUACAUUCACGAUUCUGGCGACAGAUCAUUCUGUCUUAGUUGCGCGUUUUUCGUUCACAUCCGUCAACCCUUUAAAGCUCGACAAAAACCGCGAUCUGACGUUGCUCCACUUUCGCUGUGUCUACGAAGACAAAUAUAUUGUGUCCUACAACGAAGGGAUUACACCUGUCAAGAGAACCCUCCAAUUCGACACGAAAAUGGGCAAAUUCGACGUCGAUAUGAAGCUGUACAAGGAAGCAGUUUACAGUUACUUCCCUCUUUAG